UAACUGCUCAAUAUCAACUGGGUGAAUGGAAUCGGGAACCAGAGAACGUUUCGAUCUCCUUCUCCUUGGAGUUUCAUUCAAAAGAGAAGUGUCGAUCCUUCCGUCUUUCCGUCACAAUCUGGAUCUCGGCUCCCCGUAAACCGAUUUCGACAAACUUAGGAAUCACCUGUACGAGAAGU